AUGUCGCGCAUCAACAUUCCCCUUGACGCCAUCACGAGCCGUCUCAACCUCUCAGGCCGCUUCGAUGCCGUGCGCAGCCAGUCCAUCGGCACGCGAUUCGCCAACCUGCGACCCAUUAGCGAGUUCCUCGAUAUCAAGCGCAUCUCCAAGCCGGCCGACUUUUCGAUGGUGCAAAACCGCGUCAACUACAACCUCUCAUACUUCUCUUCCAACUAUGCGGCAGUCUUCGCCAUGCUCAGCAUAUACAGCUUGCUCACGAACUUGACCCUUUUCUUCGCCCUGAUGCUCAUCAUCGGUGGUAUGUACGGGAUUGGCAAGCUCGAGGGCCGGGAUCUGGACGUGGGUUUCGCACGUGCCACUGUUUCCCAGCUGUACACGGGACUCUUCAUUAUCUCGGUGCCGCUCUUCUUCUGGGCGCGACCCGUUGCCUCGAUCCUCUGGCUCAUUGGCGCGUCAGGCGUCACCAUCCUGGGCCAUGCCGCACUCAUGGAGAAGGACGUUGCGGCUAGUUUCUCCGAAGAGGCGGUCUAG